AUGCCUUCUUCGUCACGUCAUGAUGAUAUUGAAGAUGAGUUUUUUGAUCUUCAACCUGCUUCACAUACCUCGGUUCCUCUGAUUAUGGUCUCGGUGGAUCAAUUAGAUUCUGGUGAUACAACACCUAAUAUAGACGGGUUAAGUUCGAACUCGUCUCCGUCUCCUCUGACCACGUCUCCUACUCAUGUAACUCAAGAUGAUGUUAUAUCUUCUAGGACUCCGGAUUCUCCUUCACUAUCUCCUAUUAUCGAUACAUCUUCUUCUUCGAGUUCUUCUCUACAUACUCCUCAAGUAGAACUUGUCACGUGGAACCACUGGGCAAAGGAUGUCGUCUUGGAGCUUGUCCUCUAA